UUGACGUAGCUUUGGUUGUUAAAGUGACAUUGUUGUUGAAAUUAUGAGGUGCAAUUUUACUUGAAAUAUGAAGUUAAAUCAUUCUGUGUUUUCGAUAAAACGUUUUUCCACAUGUUUAUGAGCGACUUGUCGCUAAGUUUGCAAGUGCACAACUUGCGUUCCUAUACGUAUUGACAUGACGUUGGAGGACCCUUUUUUUGUAGUGAAAGAUGAGGUAUUUAAAGCUUUGAAUAAAACAAGAGGACUGUAUCUUCGAUGGACUGAAUUACAAGAUGAUUCUAUUUGCAUCACCAAAGAUGAAGUAGAAUGGACCAAUACAGAGUUAAAAAACUCACUUCGUAGCAUAGAAUGGGACCUAGAAGAUUUGGAAGAUACAAUUGAUAUUGUAGAAAAAAAUCCUUCAAAGUUUAAAAUCGACAACAAGGAACUUACGAUCCGAAAAAAUUUUAUCGAUACUACACGUGAAGAAGUAAAGUGUAUGAAAGAUAAAAUCAACAUGAAUCGAAAUCGUGACCGUGACCGUACGGCACGACAGCCCUUAUUAGACAAUAGUCCCGUCAGGGUUACCAAUAGUCAUGGCACUACAAAAUACUCUAAGUUAGAAAACGAUCUAGACAGUCCCCAGCGGCAAUUUUUAAACGAAACGCUUACGCAGCAGCAAUAUAUGACCAGGCAGCAAGAAGAACAUUUGGAAGCCAUAGGAGAUUCGUUAGGGUCUUUAAAAACCGUUUCAAGACAUAUUGGAAUCGAACUUGAUGAACAAGCGGGUAUGUUGGACGAAUUUGGGACGGAACUCGAAAACACCGAUUCGAAGUUGGAUUCAACGCUUAAAAAAGUGGCGAAAGUGCUGCAUAUGUCUAAUGAUCGGAGGCAGUGGACGGCUAUUAUAGUACUAUCCAUCAUUCUUCUCAUUGUGAUAAUUUUAUUUUCCAUACUGUGAUUUCGUUUUUAAAGGUUGCCAGAUUUCAAGCCAAUUUAAUGAAAUAUUCUGAGUACAAAUGAUUAGUUUUAUAAGUAUAUUUUUUCCUUGGUCUACACAGUUUUUUUAAGCACAAAAAUCUUUUUGGUUAUCUAUUCUUAAGUAGGUUUAGUAACUCGGCGUGCCAUUUUGUACAGCACAACUGUACGAUUUUUAAAUUCAGUAUAGUGGUAUGGUAGAAGUAUCCUUAUGGUAUUUGUAGCAUUUGGGAGUAAUCAUAUAUCUGAAUAGUUGAAGUAUAUUUUUUAGUUAUUGUGAGUUGUUUAUUUAUUAUAACUGUAUUGUACUAGUGACAAAAAUAAUAAAAUACCUACAAAUAAUUA